AACAAGUCGCUAAGAGAGGGCCAGCAAACACGCGAAAAUUUCCACAACGGUGUAUUAUUUGUUUCGCAAUUUUUCGUGGUGAGAAUGUUCGAACGAUAUCUGUCUGCCCUGCAAUACACCGGCAACCAGCCCGUUAAUAUCGAUGAUCUGAAGGAAUUCCGCUCGCUCGUCUCCUGGCUGGAAGAUCAAAAGAUACGCCACUACACGAUUGAAAACCGGGAAAGCUUGAAGCAGAUCGGUACGGUCGAUGUGUGGGAAGCGGCGUACGACAAGUACAAGCUCGAUGUUGGCUUGCCGUACGAGCUGGUAACGCGCCAGGAGCAGCUAACCUGGCUGCUGCUGCACGCCGUUCGGUUGGAGUAUUCCGACAACGUCGACAUCUACCGACCGCUGAGCGGGGCCCGGAAGGUGGAGGAGCAGAAAAAAUCGAACGCACCGGAAGUGAAAUCGACCAACCCGUUCGAUAGUCUCGAUUUUACUAACGCUCAGUUUGAGGAGGGUGCAAGAAAGCUGGCCGACCGGCUUGGCAUUGCGUACCAUCCCGAUCAUCUCGUAUCGUUGCGUGCUGCCGGCCGUGUCAUUCACGACUGUCUGAACAAGGAAACGCUAAAGGAACCGCUCAUCGCCGGACAGCCGUUUGUGUUGGGGGUUGAUAGCAAGAGGAACGGCACCACCUCCACCACCACCCCAGCAGGCAAACCACCGCAUACGGACGUCGAACGGGAGGUGGAAAAGGCGGCCCAGAUAUUGCGAUUGCUGCAGAUACAGAACAUGCGCUCGAUGCAAACGACAAUCAACGAAACGAUUGUGGCAGUCCAGAACGUUACCGCCGAUCCGAAAACGGACUCGGCACUGGGGAAGGUGGGCGUGUAGGAAGUGUAGUGGCAAUACUUGUGAUACGUACAACUGCGUACAUACUUAAACUAUGUUAUAAUUAAUAAAAAAAAAUCCGGUCAAUCAUUGUUUCUAUUUAA